GGAGAGUGUCCAGGGAGAAAUGGAGAUUGAGAGAUGGGAAAGAAGUGAAGAGAUUUCAGACGCAGAAAGAAAGGUUAUUCAAGAGACAUGGAGCAGAGUAUAUGCAAACUGCGAGGACGUUGGAGUCUCCAUACUCAUCAGGAGGCGUAGGAGGGGAAGCGAAAGGAUUGCCAAUGCGGAAUCAGGCCCCCGGAUUUCGGCAGCUGCUCAGCCUGAGCUAACACACCUGGAUUCAGGCAGUUUGCAGAGAGCUUUGAAAUAUAAAAGCGCUCCUUGGAUGCCAGACAUUAUUCUGAAUCUGAAAGAAAUGGGUUGAAUCCACCCAAAAAGGGCAUUUUAAAGAAAUGACUUUGCAGCUACCCCCAAAGCCAAUAUGUUUUGCGGAGGUGUCCAUCGGGAAGGGGUCCGUUCCUGGCUGCCGAAGGGCAAAUUUCAGAGCAAAGCUGCUCGGCUCGGAAAGAUCCCCCCCUCCGUUGCAAUAUCUCGCUUUGAGAAGGGCCCCACGGAAGGCCCGACCUUGUGUGCGGUGACGGCCCUGUCCCACGGCUUGUCACACGCUCGUGGAUCAUUGUGGUCAAGCUGGAGAGAUGGUUUUUCUGGAGAGGAGGAGAAAUGGAGAGCAGCGGGGCUCUGCUCCGCUGACGAGGACACGCGCGAGGGACGUUUUCCAAAACAACAGCCCCCUCCCCGAGCGGCGAAGGGGCGAGCGUGGGUUUAACGAGCUCCAUCUAGAAACAGCCCCUUGUCUUACAGCUGUGUUUUCUCUCCGAUCGCAGCACCUGGAACCAGCCCUUUUGGCUGCUUCGCGGCCAAGGUGGCUACACAGGGAUCCCCAUGGCACAUCCCGCACCAGCCGGGCCCUCAGGGCUGCCAGCAGCUCUCGGGGUGACCCAAGAAGAGCCUUUCCCAUGUCCCCUGUCCCAGGGCUGCCCUUGCUAGCUAGAAAGAUCCCGCUCGACACCCCGAGAGCUGCAAGGACAUCCCCGGCCAAGGGAAGGGAAGGCACAGGGGAGGCGGAAGGCUGUUCCCGGAUGGUUUCCCUGGCUAUGGCUGAGGAUAUGCUGGAUGUGUUGGUACCAACCCUGAAAAUCCCUCCCCCGGAGCAGGAGGCGAGGGCCAAGUCUCCGCUCUGCUCAUCGGCUCCGUUAAUGAGGCUGCUGCAGCGGAGCGGGGCUGUGCCUCCGAAGGCGGCUCGGCGAGCGCCCGGCUGCGGAGUUUCAGCGCUCAUUAACGUCAGGGAAAUGUCAGGACAGCCCUCGGUGGGCUGGCAGGCGCCGAGCGCGGCCGGGGAACGGGGAGCGCUGGCUGGCUGGCGAUCCUGCGGGAGCCCAGCGCCGGGGGCGAGCGGCCAGCAGAGCCGCUGGGAACGCCGAGCCGGGGCUGCUGGAAAUCGGCAUGGGAGCAUCGGAGAGGAGAGGUGGUGGGCGGGCGCCAGCAAAUAUCGGGUUCCUGAUUUUUGCUGCUGGGUCCCGUCCCAGCAUCACUGGGGUGUCCCGGUCCCUCUGUCCUGGGGCUCUGCGGUGCCGGGGGGUGUCACAGCCCCCGAGCACGGCUCAGCAUCGCGCUGGACUCUGCUCCCGAGGUUUUGCGGCGGGAUGUGGGCUUCACCUGGAGGAAGGCCGGCUACACGCCUUCUCCCUCAAUAUCGGGUUCCCGAUUUUGCUGGAUGGAUGGUGGGUCCCAGGGCAGGGACCACAUCCUUGUGAAUCUGGGUGACCCCACCUCCACCCGGUUGGGGGUUGUCUUCCACCUCCGACCCCCUCCGCUGUCCCCGGGGGUCGGGGACACGCAGCCGGGCUCCAGCAGACUCCGUCCUCAGCGUGCGCCUGCCUCGGAGGCAAGACUCAGGUUUUAGCAUCGUUUCCUUAAACCCCUGGACCCUGCUGGGCCACGCUGAGCCCGCGGGGCAGAGCUGUAGGGAGGGUGCCCGAUGGGGGGGUGAUGCUGGUGGCAUGGUGGAGGGGGCCGAUGCCACCGUCUCUGUGUGCUGCUCGCACCCAGGGGGCAGGGACAGCGGUUUGGCAGCGGAGAGGGGCCGGGACACAGGUGUGGAGGAUGAGGAUGACGCUGUGGAGGAAGGCACUGAGCAAAGGGGACUGCAAGGGCCGUAGGAAACCAGAGGCAUGUGGGAAAGCCACUUUGGCGCUGUUAAUUCAUUUAUCUGAUGAAAGCUGUCCUUACCCCUAGCCUCAAGGUGCAUCUACGCAGCCGAGAGGCUUUGGGCUGAACCCACAUCCACGGUAGGGGAAGGCAGCAGCAAUGAGGACUCGGAGGUGCGAGCUGCGCACACACAAGCGAGCAGGACGUGCCCCCGGGGGUUGCUAGCUCGCGCCCAAAUGUAUUUGGCUGCAUCUUUGCUGCUGGGUCCCGUCCCAGCAUCACUGGGGUGUCCCGGUCCCUCUGCCCCGGGGCUCUGCGGUGCCGGGGGCGUCACAGCCCCCGAGCACGGCUCAGCGCUGUGCUGGAGCCUGCUCCCGAGGCUUUGCGGCGGGGUGUGGGCUUCACCUGGAGGAAGGCCAGCUACACCUCUUCUCCCUCAGCUGUAGAAGGAGUUGAAUUUAGCAUCAGUGUGUGGACCGUUUUUCCCCGCGCCGGAGCUGGAGGUGCUGCCCACCACCGUCUCCAUCGGUCCACGAGCCUCGGGGAGAGGACAUGGGCAGAGCUGGCACCAUCCUCUCCUUACUCCAGUUAGAUUUGCCUUUUUCUGUCUCGCUGGGCGGUGGCGUUGCCAUGGCCGAGACCUUUCUCACCUCGGGCUGGGAGCUGGGAGCGCAGGCAGCACCCGGCACCCCUGCCCCAGCCUGAAAAUGGGAUGAUGGGCUACAGGUGGCUGGGAGGAGCAGGGGGACCGUGCGGGCGAAGCGGUGAGACAGCCCUCGGCAUAAUAAAUAGCAGCACCACACACCACCUGCCUACCCAUUAUCAGCUGCUUUGUAGGCACCCGAGCAGAGAGGAGCUGGAAGGAGAGGUUUGCAAAGGGACGCGGAGAGACUCCAGGCUGAGUUUCUCCCACGUAGAGGGACGAGGUGAGAGAUAACAUGAAAGCAUUGGGAGGAAAAUCUAGCAAAAAAAAAAAAAGUCUACAAGUGCUGGCUGGGGCUUCAGCUGAAGCCCCCCCAGCAGCUUUGAGGGCUCGCUGGUGUUUUUCCCCCACCGUUUGCCUCCAGGGUAAGUGAAGCAUCAAGGGUUUCAGUGCUCAUGGGGACCAAAGAAGCAGCUCCCUUCCUUUUUCCAGCUGGGAAAGGAAGGAGAUGGCUGGGCUUGAAGAUUUCCUCCGUGUGGGGUUUGCCCUGCGUGGUCCGGGGAGAGCGGGGGGGAGAUGGGAGGAGAAGCGGCAUCUCUCCUCCUGAACAGAAAACAGGUUCCCAGUGACUGCGGUGGUUUUGCACCUUAAUUAUUUCCGUUGGCUCUGCUACUGGGAACGGUUGUGUCCUUAAAGUUGUUAAAAGGGCAAAAGAGAGAGGAAGAGCAAUCCCGACAUCCUGUCAGUCGGGUCCAGAUGUAGCUCGCAGAGUACAAAUUAGCGGGUGCAGAAUGGAAUCGCUUAAAAAGAAAUUUAAUGAGAUCGGUAUGCAGGCAUCUGGCUUCUAUCAAUCAUCAUUUUGUGUGAUAUGCAAUGGUAAAUAUCAUCUUUUUAAUGACUCCGGUGAAGUAAAAGAGCGCAAAACACACACAUGCAUAAUGAGCCAACAAAAUUCCAGAGCCUGAGAUGUUUGAACUCUCGAAAAAUGUUCUGUAGAUGGAAAAACCCCAACCGACACCUCUCCUAAUUCGCUAUUGUUUGAGUUAUUUUAUUUCUUCCUUUUUUUUUUUAACCUCCUUUCCUCUGGUUAUAUUUAACCUUUGUAUUAAAUUAAUCUUCUCUGUUUAUUAACACUCACCCCUGAGCGAGCCUCUUUUUCUUGCUUUGACAACUCAAAUAUUUGCUCCGGGCCAGAAGCUCUUGCUGCAUCUCCCUCCGCGUUCUCCAGCCCUGCGAAGAGGCGUGGGCCAAGGAGAGAUGGAUGCAGGUCUCUGGCUGGCCACGGAUUUCCUCUUUCAACGUGAAGGAAAGACAGAUUUGGCUCCCCUGUUUCAGUUCUCCAGUGAUGGAAGUGGACAGCAUGUGGGGUUGGGCACACGGGCCAGGGUUUUGCUGGUUUUUACGUCCCUGUGGCACCAUUGACCUCCCUCUUGCUGGUCUCUUAGGAAAGCUGCUGGGCUCAGCUCCCACGGGGACAUUGCCUUGAGGGUCUGCGAAGCAGGGCAAGGUUGGAAACCAGGGAUUUGGAUCCUUCACUGGCCUGGUCUCACCCAGGCUGGGGACUUUUGGGGAUUUAAUUGAUCUUUGCUCAUGGCGUAGCCAGAUGAAAACAACACAGAGGUAGAGGUGGUGCUGUGGGAGAGGUGCAAAGAGCAUCAGCCCCAGUGGCCCUUGGUGCUCCUUCCCUUGGUGCUCCUUCCCUUGGUGCUCCUUCCCUUGGUGCUCCUUCCCUUGGUGCUCCUUCCCUUGGUGCUCCUUCUGACCGACCCUGGUGAUGCCGGGCUCAGUCCUCCCUUGCUGUUUUCUCCUUCUGCUGAAAAAGCCUGUCUCAGACCAGGAAUCUUUCUCAGCUCAUUCCCUGGCUCUUCGCAGCAUCAUGCCCUUGAGCUGAGAUCAAAUAGGGCUUUUCGGGGAACUUCCGAUGGUUUGGGAUUCAGAGGGUUAGGCAUGCACUGACUGUCUGGCAGCCUCCAUCCCCGGUGUCGGGGUGGUCUGUGGGCAGCAGCUCACGCUUCCAGCAGCAACCCCCGCUCCCAGUGCCCAGGGGGACCCCGGCCAGAGGGUGAGGGGGGAGAAGAUCUGCUAGCAGGGGUGCAAAACCCCUUGGCUCCGAUCUCGGCAUAGUGUCGGCUGUGAAUACCAGGAGGGCAUUGAUCUCAGGGGCUGGCUGGAGCUGUGGGC